CUGCAGAGUGCGGGAAUGGUACACAGUCCCGGAGUGUGGCUUGUAUUUUCAACGACGAUGGUCGUAUGGAGGUUGUGGACCAGUUCAAAUGUUCCAGUCUCUCUCAGCCAAUCACAGCUCAGCCCUGCAGACUGAAGCCAUGCGGUGUCCAGUGGUACUUCACAGAGUGGAGCUUGUGUUCACGCUCCUGCAACACGGGCUACCGUGUGCGUGAGGUGCGCUGUCUUGCCGACAACAUUUCCCCAAGUGACCGCUGUGACCCGACUUUGACCCCAGAAAGCCGAGAAGAGUGCAACAAACAUCCCUGUGUAGCUGAGAUAAGUGAGUCUGUCAGCCAGUGUUGUACUACCCUCCUGUGCCCACUGUCAGUGCAGCUGGGUCAGAGUGCACACGAGG